GGGACCUGGGCGUAGCAGGCGGGGACCCUGGCGGCCGCGGUGCGAACUCGCGGGCUGGGCACCGGGCCGGCGCAGGAGGUGAGUCCCCCACCGUCCCCAGGCCGGGCUGCGGGUCGCGGGGCAGGCGCAGGAGGGGAGUCUCCCAUCCCCACCCCCGGGGCAAGCGAGCUCCCUCGGGCCGCGCCGUCUUGGCGGCUCCUGGGCGGGCGGGGCGCAGUGCCGCGGACUCCAACCCGAGAAGAGGCCGUGGAAGGGCGCUCCUGGGCGGCUUGCUGGCCGGUGGCUGGAGACGAUGGUGGACCACUUGGCCAACACGGAGAUCAACAGCCAGCGCAUCGCGGCCGUGGAGAGCUGCUUCGGGGCCUCGGGGCAGCCGCUGGCGCUGCCAGGCCGAGUGCUGCUUGGCGAGGGCGUGCUGACCAAGGAGUGCCGCAAGAAGGCCAAGCCGCGCAUCUUCUUCCUCUUCAACGACAUCCUGGUGUAUGGCAGCAUCGUGCUCAACAAGCGCAAGUACCGCAGCCAGCACAUCAUUCCCCUGGAGGAGGUCACGCUGGAGCUGCUGCCGGAGACGCUGCAGGCCAAGAACCGCUGGAUGAUCAAGACAGCCAAGAAGUCCUUCGUGGUGUCGGCCGCCUCCGCCACGGAGCGCCAGGAGUGGAUCAGCCACAUCGAGGAGUGUGUGCGGCGGCAGCUGCGGGCCACGGGCCGCCCGCCCAGCACGGAGCACGCGGCGCCCUGGAUCCCCGACAAGGCCACGGACAUCUGCAUGCGCUGCACGCAGACGCGCUUCUCCGCCCUCACGAGGCGCCACCACUGCCGCAAGUGCGGCUUCGUGGUCUGCGCUGAGUGCUCGCGCCAGCGCUUCUUGCUCCCGCGCCUGUCCCCCAAGCCUGUGCGCGUCUGCAGCCUCUGCUACCGCGAGCUGGCUGCCCAGCAGCGGCAGGAGGAGGCGGAGGAGCAGGGCGCGGGGUCCCCAGGGCAGCCGGCCCACCUGACCCGGCCCAUCUGCGGAGCGUCCAGUGGAGAUGAUGAUGACUCCGACGAGGACAAGGAGGGCAGCAGGGACGGCGAUUGGCCCAGCCGCGUGGAGUUCUACGGCUCGGGCGUGGCCUGGUCUGCCUUUCACAGCUGACCCCCGGCCUGCAGAACAUCUGUCCCCAAGCCAGCUCCACUGCCCAUGCCCCCAAGAGGGCAGCUCCAGAAGCUGCCCAGGGCUCCGAGAGCCCACCCCAUGGUGGCAGGGGCAACGGUGGGGAGUGGCUCUUUCUGGACUCCCAGUGCCUUUUUGCUGGACACUGUGUCCUUCUGACUUCACUGCAGGUAAUGCCUUUCCCUUCAGGAAGCCCCAGAACACCCAGACCUCUUGGGAACCAAUGCCAACUCCCGCUCUGCAGGCUGCUGCAGCAGCUCCAGAUGGCCUCCUGAGCUGGACCACCCCACGUCUCCAGACACCUAGGGACCAGAGCGGGUUUUGGAACAUAGACGGAAGACAGCAGGGGAAUGUAGCCGAAAGCCACAGAACCCACCCUCCCCCCGACAAGCACACCCCACUGAAGAGCCUGAAUCCCAGGAGGCCUCCUGGAAGCUCAGGCCUGCCCACCCACCACGCUGGUGCCCACUGCCUGGCCGGCAAAGCCCUGCCAAUCAGACAUACGGGCUCCCUGAAGCCCAGCCAGAGAUUGCCAUGCUGUGGAUGCCACCAGGCCCAGGGACUGCAGCCGCAACGCCCAGGGCAGGCGGGUGAGGACUCUGUCCUGUGUCACCUCUCUCCAGGUGUCCAGCUGUCUCGUGCCUUUUUGUCCUGUGAAACCAGUGUUUUCUGUUAGGACUAAGUUGUAAGAACAGAAACCCUGCCCACACUUAAUAAUAAAAAAGGAAGUUUAUUGAUGGGUGGUUGCAAA